GGUUCGACUGCUGCUGGGGUUAAGGCAUUUCCAAGAAUUUUAAAUAUAGUAUACCAUGAACUUCUUAGGUAUUUCCUAUAUAUGCCAUAGAUAUAAUCGAUCCACUUAGGUCCAGUGAUUUAUAUACUAAGUACUUAUUUAUUUAUUUAUGUUUUAGAUUUUUGGCUGAUAUGUGUUUUAGAAAACCUGUUAGUAAAAUUUAAGGCGGAGUACAAAACGUUGACAUUGUUUAAUGACAUUCCUGCUUCACAUCAAAGAGAACUUCAGAAAAUUAGGAAUGUCUCGGUUCAGAUUUGGAAGACAACAUGAAGGUUACCGGCUCCUGUCGAAUGACGAUAGUGGCUUCUCAGAUACACAGUUUGAAUUACCACCGCAGAAGAUUCCUUGGAAAGCAAUAAGCUUAGCUGCAUUUUUGUUCAUAGUUGGAACAGUGCUACUCAUAACUGGAAGUCUUAUAGUCACCGGUCACAUAGACACUAAAUAUUCAGAUAGGUUAUGGCCAAUGAUAGUUUUAGGUGGUAUUAUGUUUUUACCUGGUGCAUAUCACAUAAGAAUAGCAUAUUAUGCCUUUAAAGAAUAUCCAGGAUACAGUUUCACUGAUAUACCAGAAUUUGAAUAAGGAAUUUUGUAACUAAUUUAACUUUUGUAUUACUAAGUAUGAAUGACAAUUACCC